GCCACGUCUGCUCACCACACGCGACCUUGUAGGUGUUUUUUUCCAGGCAAUACUGCGCCUCUUUCUUGCGCGAUCUGGCAACACAGAGUCCGAGUUCUAUCACGACAGUUCUGCUGCUCUAUCAGUGUGUGUUUGUGCAAUAGUUCGGCUGCCGUGCGGCCUUCAUGCUGUUAGCACGCAUCUGAACAACACAUAGCGUCAAUAUUUUGCUUAGUUAAAGCAUAAAUGGCUUCCGGAGCCGAGAGAGCGGAACCUGGAGACAGCGAACAGGAUGAAGAAGAUGUAUAUGAAGUGGAGAGGAUUAUUGACAUGCGAGUGGAGGAGGGAGUGGUGCUGUACCGAGUGCGAUGGAAGAACUAUUCUUCGGACGAUGACACCUGGGAGCCUGAGGCACACUUGGACGACUGCAGGGAGGUGCUGCUUGCCUACAAGAAGGCCCUGGCUGAGAUAAAGCCAAAGAAGGAAACUGGCAUGAAGCUGCCCAUGAAGAGUGAUCUGUUCGAUGCCGAUUCUGAGAGCGACAGUGAUAAAGAAAAACACAAAGAACCGCCUAUAAAGAAGAAAAAGAAGAAGAAAAAGAAGAAAGUGGAGGAAUCAGAUGAUGAGAUGCCUGUGAAGGAAAAGAAGAAGAAAAAGAAGGAAAAAUGGUGGGAAGAUAAGCCUCGGCCUGCCCCUGAGUCUGAUGAGGAGGAGGUGGAGAGCAGGGAUCCUUCCCCUGAACCUCCUAAAAAAGACACAAAGAAGAGGCUCAUCGAAUCUGAUGAGGAGGAUGCCCCGGUUACUCCUAAGAAACAAAAGAAACUUGACAAACAUAAAGAUAGAGGAAAGCAGAGGAAAGAGAGUGGAGAGGAUGGCAAGAAAAAGAAAGUCAAGUCAAGAAAAGAGAUCGAUACUUCGGAUGAAGAGGAUGAGAAGAGCGACGUGCCCUCUGAGUCCCACACGGAUGAUACGACGAACACAGAAACAAAUGAUUCCUUUAAAACCACAACAUCAAAAACCACCGACAAAUCUGUGAGGGGUGAGAGUGGAGGUGAUCUCAAGCAGGCCAAGCAGAAAAAGGCCAAGUCUGACCUGAAGCUGCAAGGUUUCAAAGACCUGAUUCAAGAGAAGAAGCCUAAAAAAGUAGAGGUUUCAACAGCCACGUCUAAAGAAAGUGGUGCAAGCAAGCACAAGAGCUUUACUAGUAGCAAGAGCACUAGCAAGUCUUCUCGCAGCGAGGAAGAGCCAGACUCCAGUGACACGGGGGCACCUACGUCCAUACCCAAGUCGAAGGUUAAAAGCAAAGGGCAGGAAGCAGCCCCAUCUUCUCAGAAGCUCUCGUCUGCAUUUUCCUCCUCCUCAUCCUCCACAACAUCAACAGCCCCCAUCAAGCCCAAAGAGGAGGAGCCGAAGGAAGAAGCUGGUGAGAAGGGAGGUGCCUCUAACUUGUUUGAGAAGUUCCUGUUGAACUGUGAAGCAAAAGAUCGGGUACCGAGGAGACAAGCGGACCAGAACAAGAAUGCAACUCCGAAGUUAACCAGUCUUCAGUGUCACAUGCUCCUUCAGAAAAGACAUUCUAAUAUGGGUGCAGGGAAAAAUGACAAGAAAUCAAAAUCGUCAAAGCAGUCUCCUGCACGGAAACCUGAUUCAGACAAGACUGAGAAGGCAAAAGAUGUUCCUCGACCUGCUCAGAGUCCCGUCUCUAUGGAGAUCGAUGAGAAACAGGAGAAGGGAGCGUCUGAGAUGGAGAAAAGUGAUAAAUCAGAUGAGCCGCCCCCCAAGUCUAAGGAGGAAUUACAACGAGAGCAGAGAGAGGAAGAGCAAAGGAAGAGGAAAGAAAAGUUGGAAGAAGAGGAGAGAAAGAGGAAAGAAAGGAUUGAAGAAGAGGAGAGAAAGAAGAAAGAGAGAAUAGAGGAAGCCCAACGGGAGAGAAAAGCACGCAUGGAGGAGGCACAGAGGCUUGCAGAGGAGGCCCGGCAAGAGCGGCUGGAAAGAAAGUCCAUGACUGAGCCAAUAGCGUCUCCUGACUCAACAGAGGACUCCAGAUGGAAGGACAAGAAGAGGAGAAAGAGGGAUGACACUGAAUCACGGGUCUUCAGCACCUGCGAUGACAAUCAGGACUCCCAGGACACCAUGGAGCGCUCAGACAAAAUUCCUGACAGGGGACCACCAUCUCUUAAUCUUGGGGUGGAGCUCAAGCUGGACUGGAUGACACUGGAGGACUUUCAGAAACACUUGAAUGGAGAGGAUGAGAAUCUCUCUCCGCUGGCCUUAACUCCCGCUGAGCUGCGCGAAGCAGUGAAGAAUGGGAAUUACCUGGCGGUAAAACGUGCGCUCAGUUCCAAAGAGGACUACAAUCUGGACCAGGAGGACUCCAGCGGCAUGUCUUUAACACUGCUGGCUGCUGCAGGCGGUCAGGAUGACGUCCUCAGGCUGCUCAUUAAGAAAGGAGUGAAGGUCAAUGCUAGACAGAAGAAUGGCACCACUGCCCUGAUGCACGCUGCUGAAAAGAACUUCUUGACGACAGUGGCCAUUCUUCUAGAGGCGGGAGCAUCCGUGAAUGCCCAAACUGUGGCAGGAGAAACCGCUCUCAUGAAGGCUUGUAAGAGGGGUAAUGCAGAUGUGGUUCGCCUCCUGUUGGAAUAUGGAGCUGACUGCAACAUCUUGUCUAAACACAAGAACACUGCCUUGCACAAUGCCAAACUUAGCAACAAUUUGAUGGUGUAUGAUCUCAUCAAAGACCAUAUGCAAACGUUAUCAACUGUGGCGGAGGAGACAAUCAGAGCUUAUUUUGAAACACGACUGGCCCUGCUGGAACCUGUAUUCCCUUUGGCUUGCCACAGAUUGUGCGAGGGACCAGAUUUUUCGCUGGAAUUUAACUACAAACCCCCUCAACACACACCCGCAGAAGGAUCUGGCAUCCUGCUUUUUAUCUUCCAUGCAAACUUCCUUACUGAGAUCACAGCUAGACUCUGCGGGCCCUGUAGUGUCCAUGCUGUGGUCCUGAAUGAUAAGUUUCAGCUGCCCAUCUUCUUGGACAGCCAUUUCAUAUACUCUUUCAGUCCCGUUCAGGGAACCAACAAACUGUUCAUCCGUCUGGCAGAGUCGCCCACAGCAAAGGUUAAAUUGCUAAUUUGUGCAUACAGAGUCCAACUACAGUGAUGCCACAGUGCUCCCCUCCAGGUCAAAGGUCACUGCAGAAGCUCGGCCUCCCCAAGAACUGAGACUUUUACAGUUUUACACGUGACACAUGCUGAGCAGGAGAGAGUUUAGAAAUGGUUAUGUUUUACUUGGGGAAUAACUGUAGUACUGACAGCUCAGUAACAACAGUCAAAACUCAAAUACGGUUGGUUAAGUGUUGCAAGUGUUUAUUGAGUUUUCAGAAGUCAGAUUUUUGAUAGCAACUGCAUCACACAUGAAGGUCAGCAAAUGUGACAAACUGGAUUUGUAUCUGAAAGUCAUUUGUAAAUCUUGUUUGUAAAGUGUUCCUUUUAUUUUUCUCUUUUAAAUAGAAUAAUUUAUCACUCCAGAUACACCUACUGUUUUGUUUUAUGUUCUGUUCUGACCAUACACUUAUCUGAUGUGCUUCGGUCUUCAUUGCUUGUGCAGAGUGAGUGAUGGAACAAAACUGGACCCAAGUGUGACUUUGAACUCCAGAGUGUGUACUUUAAAAUACAAGUUUUCAUAUUUUGUUUCCUGAGAAUGCGAUGGUUUUUCAAAAGGCAUGAACUAUUGGCAUGAAUCCUAAAUUUGACAAAAUGAAGCCAUUAUAGUGGAAGAAAUGUUUGAAUGUAUACAUUUGGGUUGUGAGCUAUUGUAAGGGCUAAUUUGUUUUUGCAUUGAGAGGAGGAAGAUUUAAGUCAUCCAAGUAGGAGUGAUCAGUAGAACGAGUUCUUUUAAUACUGAUUAGUAGAGAAUGUGACCCUUUUCAUAUAUGUUCCAAUGUGUUGAAAGGCAGGUUGUACAUCAGCUCAGUUCAAUUUCUUAUUAGAGUUUACAUUAGAGUGUAGUUAUGUAACUGUUCAACAUGCAGCACAUGAGCUCAGGUCAUCUUCUGGUAGUGAUCAUACAGAUUACAUGUGUAGUUUUCACGAGAAUUAUGUAAAGUUAUUAAUGGCUGAACUAGGAGUCAGAUCCGGAAUGUACAGCUGGGCUCAUCUUGAAAGAGCUUUGAAGCACAGUGACGUUCUUUUAUUCUGUUGCCUACCUCUCUUUGUCCCGUCAUUGUUUUAUUAGUAAGUGAGAGAAAGACUGCUCAUUGCUUCACGUCCUCUUCUGACUACAGUAAAUAAACUGUACAUAUAUUUCCAUAACAA